AUGGGAAAACAUAAUCUUGGACGUCUUGCUGCGAUAGUGGUGUCUGUUGUUGGCUUUGCAAUAAGUUUGGUGUUCAAUGGGCUGUCUGUAGUUGGAAUUGGACUUUAUGAUACCACUACAGCUAAUGUGUCUGCAGUGUUUGACACCCAGAUCACACCUUCAGGAUGGACUUUUAACAUCUGGAGUGUAAUCUACAUCUGGCUGACAGCGAUGAUUAUCUACAUUGUUGCAGGACUUUGCAGAAAGAAUGGUUAUGGCUAUGUCUACUGCAGCCCUGCAGUGUUGCCUUAUGGAUUCUUCAUUAGCUGGUGCCUCAAUCUGUGUUUCAAUAUUGGCUGGCUGCUUGUUUGGGACAGAGGAAUGAUGAUUGCUGCACUGAUUUUUCUCUUCCUGGUCAUCUGCACAAACUACUCAAUGAUAUGUUUCACGUGCCAUGGACUUCAUGUUUAUGGAGCCUGGCUCAAGAAAUACCACAAAGCAGACUUGUGGCUCCUCCGUGUGUUGGUUCAGAAUGGUGUGAUGAUAUACACAACAUGGACAACCAUUGCAACACUAAUUAACCUGAGCAUUGUACUGACUUAUGAUGUAAAAAUGUCCCCAACGGAUGCUGCAACCAUUUCGUACUCUGUUUUGUCUGCUGUGCUGCUUGUGUGGUUUGUUUUGGAAAACUUUGUCCUUGACAAACACGUGCGGUACAUCCUCAUCAUUUACCCGGUUGUGAUCUGGGCGCUGUCGGGAAACCUGGACAAAAACUACGAUGCUAAAUCACCCAGCCGCAAUGGCAUCUUCAUUGUUGUGCUGCUGGCGUUAGCCUCUGUACUGUUUGUCAUCCGGAUUGUUUUGGUGGUUUGGAGACACAUCAGACAGCCGCUCUACACAGACAUCAGUCCCAAAGCCAUGGAACCGAUGGAGAUUGCUGAGAAGCAGAAAAAGAUUUUCCGAUAA